AUGGCUGCUACUAGCACUAACCCACCAUUGUCUGCAUAUUUCGCCUCCACAAUAGUUGGACCACCAAACGAGCCAUUCCGACCUUACGCCAAAGCCCACGAGGAACUCGGGGGAGCAGGAGACGCACGCCCAACGGCACUGCAAAUUGUCCGGGAUGAGGGUCUUGUCGGCAAGCUCAAGGGAAAGGUAUAUUUCAUCACGGGUGGCGGUGGUGGUAUUGGCAAGGAAACUGCCAAGGCUCUACAUGCUACGGGAGCUGAUGUCUUCUUCACCGUCCGUCCGGAGAAAAGAGAGCACGGAGAAACGAUCGCUAAGGAGAUCUUGAGCACCGAUUUAGGGCAGGGCAGGGUUGAGGUGAUCUCGCUCGACCUCGGGAGCCUGGCCAGCAUCAAAUCUGGCGCGGAGGAGUUCCUCAGCAAGAGCAAAGUUCUGAGUGGACUGAUAUUGAAUGCCGGAGUCAUGUACACUCCCAAAGGCAAGACUAUGGAUGGCUUUGAGACGCAGAUUGGCACGAACCAUUUCGGACACUUCUACCUCUUUCAGCUGCUAAAAGAGGCUCUAGUUGCGUCGUCAACUCCAGACUUCCAAAGUCGCGUUUUGGUCGUGUCGAGUGCUGGUCACCGAUACUCGGGCAUCCGCUUCGACGAUAUUAAUUGGGAGCAAACAGAGUAUAACACCAUGGAGGCGUAUGGCCAGAGCAAGACCGCCAAUAUUUAUAUGGCGUCUAGCAUUGAACGACACUACGGCUCAAAGGGAUUGCAUGGGUUGUCUGCGCAUCCUGGAGGUAUCCUUGAGACCGGUAUUGGGCGCCACAUGGAUGCUUCGGUCUUCAAGACCGAUCCAAGGAUGAUGGCGUUACUCCCAACCUUUAAGAGCUCGGAGCAGGGUGCGGCCACGAGCGUCUGGGGCAUACUUACCAAACGCUAUAAUGACAAGGGUGGAGUAUACCUCGCAGAUAUUGGUGAAGCAGUUCCAUGGGGGCCACAGGAUGCUGCAGCUGCGCCAGCUUAUGUGCCCCAUGCUUAUGAUGGCCACGCAGAAGAACGGCUAUGGCAGUUGAGCUGCGACGCUGUUGGAACUAAAAAUGAUUGA